AUGCCCGCCUCCGGCGGGCUCACUGCGCUGCCGGCCUUGUGCGUGGCGCUGAUUGCUGGUCUGGACUGGCGAGCGAGCCCCCUUCGGCCUGGACCCGUGCCACCGAGUGAGGCUCUGGCGUGGCUCGACGGGGACGCCGACGCCGGCGUCGAGGCCUUGUCGGCGGCUCCGACUCCCACGGGGGAAGAGUGGUGCGCUGAUCUCCCUCGCGGUGCUCUCGCCCAAGUGAGCUGCGACGACGACGUCAAGGACCUCGAGCGGGUUGUCGAGCUGGUGGGUCCGCACUUCUACUGUUUCCUCUCGCCCGACGGCUACUGGUGGAAGGAGCUGCUCUCGGGGGCCUCACUGACCGACGGCCCGUCGGACGACGAGCGCAUCGCCGACGGGGGUGCCUCGCCUGCUGACGGCCGGAAGCUGUGCAGCUUCGGCGAGCGGACGACCCCUACUCGGCUCGUGGAGCUGGCCGACGGGUGCCGACUGGCGAUGGAGGCUCGCGGGCAGGCGGCUGCCGGGGGGCCCGCCCACGUGGAGCUCGCCUCUGGCAUGCUGCUGGAUGGCGGGGAGGUGUUCCCGUGGGCCGCGCCGCCGCGGCCGUCGCACCGACUCCGCGGGAAGCAGGGGCACGUCUGGGCGCUGACCGAGCCAGUGGUCGACCUGGACAUCGGCACGAUCGCGGACCCGUCGAACGAGACGCUCAUUGGCGCUGGAUUGGGUGCCCCCGGGCUUCGUCGCGGACGGGCGCUUCGUCUGGAGCUGGUGCCGCGGGGCGACGUGGCAGGCUGGGCGUCGCGCCGUGUGGCCGAGCUGGGCCGUCUCCUGGAGGUGGCAGUUCCCGUGGCGACGCUCGGCUCUUCUCCCCCAGGCGGUGUGCUGGAUGGCGCCGCUGCCAGCGGCGCUGAGGGCGCUCCCGCCCGGGAUGGCGUUCCGUCGACUGUUGCUUUGGCUGACGCCGCUCGAGAUGACACUCGCACGUUCUGGAUCGAGUGGGACGGCCAAGGGGGGCGGUACAAGGAGUUCAGAGAGGCCGCGAACGAGUCGGUGGACUGCGUCGAGGGCCACCAGCGUCAGGAGGGCGGCCUGGCUCGCCUGCACACCUGCAAGAUGAUGUACCACACGACGGGCACCCCUCGGAGUUGGCUCGAGAAGUUCUUGAGCGACAAGCACGUCGUGCACGCCGACCGGGUCGCCCUUGUGCCCUGGCCGCCGAUAGAGGCGCUCGAGGAGGCCGGAUCCUUCGACCAGGCUAACCUGGGGGGGCUCGCCCGCCUUGUGGUGGCCGAGCGCCGGCUCAACGUGACCGUGGGCGCCUACAAAUGCGCUGGUGCCCCCUCGUCCGCCACCGCCAAGUACUUGGCUCCGCUGGGCGAGUCAGACGAGUCGACGGCGCCGCCGCCGAGGAGCCACGUGGCCCGCCACAUGAAGGAGGACUGUGAGGUCGAGCAGUCCGUGAGGAAGGCCGAGGCUGCGGAUGCUCGUGUGGCGUCGGGAUCUGCUGCAACCCAGCCGGGCGCUGGGGGUGCCACCGCAAGGUCGCAGCACAGGACUCACGCUCGGCAGCACGAGGUGGAAUUGGUGAAUCGCGCCCUCCGCAGCUUGAACUGGUUGGCCGGCUUCAAGGGCGCGGCCGCUUCACCGAGUCCAGGCGCAACGACCCUGGACAAGCAUGCAGCCCUUCAGCAACACUUGCUUCGUGAAGCUCAUCGGCGACAGGCCGCAGCUCCGCAGGUGAUGCCGAAGGCGGAGGCAGCCCUGAGGGAGCUGCUCCGGGGGCAGUCCGUGUACGAGACGGACUUGGCCCCAAGGAACCUCGUCUCCUACCUGCCCAGCAAGGUCUCACUUCCCGACAGCGUGCUGGACUGCCGCUUCAUUGAGGAUAUCGUGAGCCCUGGGUGCCGCUCGUUCUUGGAGGAGAACCACAAGCGAAUGAGGUUGGAGCCGGAGUCAGUCAACUUCGACAGCAUGCUGCGGCUAUACAUGGACCCGGUGCUGAAGAGGAACCCCAAAUCCUACCGUACCUUUCUGCGAGAUCUUGCUGGACGCGGACUUCUUGGUGUAACAGCCAGGCCCGCCGAGUCGGUGGGCCUGUUUUUCGUGGCUAAAACGAACGGGGCACAGCGUAUGAUAAUUGAUGCGAGGCGGAGCAACGGCCACUUCAGAGCCCCGCCAGGCGUGCAGCUUCUCAGCAGUGAGGGUUUUGGCCGGAUCGAGAUCGAGUUGCCGCCUGAUGUUCUGCCCUCGUCAGUUGAGGGGCAGCGGCUCCUGGGCGCCUUCGCCGUCUACGUGGCCACCACCGACGUGAAGGACUGCUUCUACCGGAUGCGCGUGCGCGAGGACCUCGGCCGCUACUUCUGCCUGCCCGCCGUCCCCAAGUACGUGUUCGACGGCCUGCAGGUGGCCGGCGUCCCGGCGGAGACCCCGCCAGACGCUCCCGCGCGGCCCUACUUGGCCGUGCUGCCGAUGGGGUUCACGUGGUCGUUGUACCUGGCCCAGGCCGCGAAUGAGGACAGGGCGUGCCGAAGCCCCAGCCUGUGCAAGGCGAUGCCGGCUGGCAGGCAGCAGCCCCUGAUUCAGGACCAGGCCGACGCCUUCGUGCUUCGCGCCGCCUCGCGCGGGGUCGGGGGCGCCUACGUGCACGUGGACAACCUAGGCGCCGUGUCGGACGGCGCCGAUCUCAGCGAGAGGAUGGUGUCAGAAUGGGGCGAUCUUUUCGAGCCGGUCGGGCUGGCGCUCCACAAGUCAGAGUCCCACGGGGGCGCUGGCGAGGCUCUCGGCACCGAGCUUGACGGCGUCCGCCUUCGCUCGGGGAUCACCUCGAGCCGGUUUUGGAAGCUCGAGCGAGGCUUUAUUGGCCUUCUCGCUCGGGGACGUUGCAGCGGCCAGGCGCUUGAAAAAGUAAUUGGGCAUUGCGCGUUCUGCGGCCUGGCGGCUCGUGAGUCCCUGUCUAUCUUUCACACUGUCUAUAAGUUUAUUUCGGUUCAGUAUCUCGACGUGGGCCCGAUGUGGCCCGAAGUGGUCGAAGAGCUCGUAGCUUUUAGAGGGGUCCUUUUGCUUCUGGGCCGCGACUGGUGGCUGCCGUGGAACCCUUGCGUUUUAGAAACCGACGCCAGCCUAGCGGGCUGGGCGAUGGCCCAAAGCUUCUGGGACCCAGCUCAGGUCGCCGGCGUCGGUCGUGUCAGCGAGCGCCCCCGUUUCAAGCGUGUCGGUGCUCACUCCGCUCGGGAAUCCGCACCCACCUCCGCCCACCUCUUCCGUGACGAGUCAGGCGAGUGGAGAAGCCAGCUUCUAGGAGACGAUCCUCUUUCAGACGACUGGGAGGUCGUUGCGGAUUUUCCCGAAGUCCCCUGGCGGCUCCUCCGGGGCUCGGCCUGGAAAACCGUCCGGAAGGGGGUUUGGGGCCUCAGCGAGGGCAUUCUGGUGCUGGAGGCCCGGGCCUUGGUGAAGGCCAUCCGUAGGAGUCAGGACUUCAAGCUUCUGGUCCAGAUUCGGCGCUUCAACGCUUGCGCUCUUGCCCUUGGCAUCGCCCCAUAUUUUAGAUGGAUCCCUUCGGAGUUUAACCGGAGCGAUGCCGGGAGCCGCGAUCACUCGGAAGUCUCGUCCAGGAUCAGCAG